AUGAGCCACUUGAGGAGCCGCGAGUGGGGCGACGGGGGCAGGAGCGUGGCCUCCCAGCCGACAACAUUGGAAGCCGGCCUCUUGGAGGGCGGAAGGGACAGCUUCUCCCCGGCUUGGCGCGGCCUCUGCUGCCCCAACCGCCUCCCCAGCGCCGCGCCUCGCUAUCUCCUCUCGGGAGAGGCGGAGGAGGAAGAAGAGGACGACGACGAGGAGGAAGAGGACGACGAGGAAGACGAGGAGGGGAUCCGCCUCCAAAGGAAGGCGAGCGGCGGCAGUGGCGGCGGCGCCUCGGGGAACCCCAUGUGCGCCUUGCAAGGGCACCGUCCGCACUGCCGCCAAAGCCAGUCCCCGACGCCCCGCCUGGGCCUGCCUUUGCGGGGUUCCGCUCCGUCCGGGGUGCAGAAGCAGCGGCGCUUGGCGGCCAACGCGCGGGAGCGGCGCCGCAUGCACGGCCUCAACCACGCCUUCGACCAGCUCCGCAACGUCAUCCCCUCCUUCAACAACGACAAGAAGCUGUCCAAGUACGAGACGCUCCAAAUGGCGCAGAUCUACAUCAGCGCGCUCGCCGAGCUCCUCCACAGCCCGACACAAGCCGCUGCUGCCGCUUCUUCCGACGAGCCUCCACCCCAAGCGCCGCCGGGACCCUGCAGGACGCGCUUUCCGCCGCCGCCGCCUCCUCCUCCGCCUCCUGAGCCGCUGCAUUUCUCCGCCUUCAGCGAGGGAGCCUUGCUGGGCCAGAAAGACCCCUCGCAAGCCCAGCUCCUCCAGCCCUCCUCCGCCCAGCAGCAGCCGCCACCAGAGAGGAGGAAGCCUUCCCCGACGGCGCAUCGCAGCGACGGGGAGUUCUCGCCUCGCUCCCAUUACAGUGACUCCGACGAGGCCAGCUAGAGAGAGGAGGAUCCCCUCGAGGCCUAGACGGGGAAUGGGAA